CAAAGCUUAAUUAGUACAUUGUAGUGAUGGCGUUAAAAGUCCUUUCUGCCCUCGACUCGGCGAGGACCCAAUGGUACCACUUCAAGGCCAUCAUCAUCGCCGGCAUGGGCCUCUUCUCCGACGCCUACGACCUCUUCUGCAUCCCUCCCAUCCUCAGGCUCCUCGGUCGCAUCUACUACCAAAAACCACACCUUCCCAGGCAUGUCGACUCCGCGCUCCUCGGCGUGGCCUUCCUCGGCACCGUCAUUGGCCAGCUGGUCUUCGGCAGGCUCGGGGACCGAAUCGGGAGGCGCAGCAUGUACGGCCUGUCCCUCAUGGUGAUGAUUCUCAGCGCACUAGGCUGCGGCUUCUCCAUAUGCACCUCGUCGAGCUGCGUUCUGGUGAGUCUCGGGUUCUUCAGGUUCCUGCUCGGAAUUGGGAUUGGCGGGGACUAUCCGCUGUCGGCGACCAUCAUGUCGGAGUUUGCCAACAAGAGGACACGUGGCUCGUUCAUAGCGGCCGUGUUCUCGAUGCAAGGGUUUGGGAUUUUGGCGAGCUCGAUCGUGACGAUGGUGGUGUGCGGGAUCUUCGACGCAGCGUCCGAUCCCAAGCCCACGGAGAAGACUCCGAGUGAAGCUGGUCCUGCUGCCAUGACCUAUUAUUGGCGAAUGAUGAUGCCUGAAACUGCCAGAUAUACAGCAUUGGUGGAGCUAAAUGUCCAACAAGCGGCUAAGGACAUGGAGAAAGUGUUGGAUGUUUCACUGAGUCAAAUUGCAGAAAAUGAAUCAUUGACAUUGCCUCAAGAUCCACCGUCCUAUCCCCUUUUCUCCAAGCAAUUCUUACGCCUCUACGGCCGCGAUCUCUUCGGUUGCUCAGCUUCAUGGUUUCUCGUGGACGUAGUCUUUUACAUCAACAACCUCUUCCAAUCUCAAGUUUACGGAAAAUAUCUCGGGAAAAAGUACAAAUCCAACGUGUAUGAAGAUGCUAUACAUGUUGCCCUAUUUCAAGCCAUCGUUGCAAUAUGCUCAACAAUUCCAGGCUACUGGUUCACUGUGUAUUUCAUCGAUCGCAUCGGAAGGCGCAAGAUUCAAAUGAUGGGUUUUCUCGUCAUGGCCUUGGUUUUUUUCGCAAUUGGGAUACCCUACACAUCUUAUUGGCAACAUAACAUAAAUGGAGGUUUCAUGGUUCUCUAUGGCCUCACUUUCUUCUUUGCAAAUUUUGGACCAAACACCACUACUUUUAUAGUGCCCGCUGAACUUUUCCCGGCGAGAUUUAGGUCAACCUGUCAUGGGAUUUCCGGGGCGAUUGGGAAGGUGGGGGCCAUUAUUGGCGCAGUUGGAUUUGGGUCGGCCUCACAUACGGAGAACCAUAAAGCAGUCAAGAACUUACUGGUGAUCUUAGGUGGAGUUUGUCUUUUGGGAUUGGCGGUAACGUAUUUUUUCACACCAGAAACGAAUGGCAGAUCGCUAGAAGAGAAUGAGGAAUGAUGAGGAAACAUUUAUUAAAUGCUCAGAUGUUUGUUUCAUAACUAGUGAGGUCAAAUGCUGCUGCUAUUCAUAGUUCCUAGUUUAUAGUUUGCAGACGGUGAUGAAGUUAUUGUUGCAGUUACUUAGAAAUUCAACCAAUUUUUUCUUCAACUACGUGUGUUUAUGUAGAAGCCUCUGUACUGUAUUCCCCCUCUAUCUCCUGUACAUAGUAGGCUGAGAUUUGAGGGAGCCGGCCAUGAGGAAAAAGUAUAUUAUUAUUAGUGAAUUAUAUAUAUAUUAUAAAGGAAAUUAUGCA